CUAUCUAUUUUUCAACAUCUCUUCUAUCUUAUAGCUAUCGAAGAUUGUCCAAAUUAACAAUUCUUAAAGCCAUUUAAACGUAGUCAUUAAUUAACCAUGAUAGCUUUUCGUAUACUUCUAACACUUUUGGUUCCUUUUCUAUUUGCCUCUUUAGUUUCAUGUUAUUCCAUGAAUGAAGUUAAACUUUGGUGUAAUCAAACUCCUAACCCUGAACCUUGUGAGUAUUUCUUGAGCAAUAACCCGAGUUACCAACACAAACUCAUCGAACAAAAAGCUGAUUUCUUCAAGCUUUCAUUGGAACUUGCUCAAGAACGAGCACUCAAAGGCCAUGCAAACACUCUUUCAUUAGGCUCAAAAUGUAAUAACCCACGUGAAAAAUCAGCUUGGGCUGACUGUGUUGAGUUAUAUGAACAAACCAUCCUUAAGCUCAACAAAACCCUAGACACUAACACAAAGUGUUCUCAAGUUGAUGCUCAAACAUGGCUAAGCACUGCUCUCACCAACCUUGAGACAUGCAAAGCUGGAUUCUAUGAACUUGGUGUUCAAGACUAUGUUCUUCCUUUAAUGUCCAACAAUGUUACUAAGUUGUUAAGUAACACUUUGGCUCUAAACAAAGUUCAAUAUCAAGAACCAGGCUACAAAAAUGGGUUCCCAAAAUGGGUCAAGCAAGGUGAUAGAAAGCUAUUGCAAACAUCUUCUCCGUCCUCUCAAGCUAAUGUAGUCGUAUCGAAAGAUGGAUCCGGAAAAUACACAACAAUUGGUGCAGCUGUGAACGCUGCCCCAAAGAAUAAUAAGGGAAGGUAUGUGAUACAUGUGAAGACCGGUGUGUACAAUGAACAAGUUGAGAUCAAGGCAAAUAAUAUUAUGUUGGUAGGAGAUGGUAUUGGGAAGACUAUAAUCACCGGUAGCAAAAGUGUCGGAGGGGGAACUACAACCUUCCGAUCAGCGACCGUUGCUGUUGUUGGUGAUGGAUUUAUUGCACAAGAUAUCACAUUUAGGAACACUGCUGGUGCAAACAACCAUCAAGCGGUUGCAUUGCGUUCUGGAUCAGACUUAUCUGUGUUUUACAGAUGUAGCUUUGAAGGUUAUCAAGACACACUAUAUGUGCAUUCAGAUAGACAAUUCUAUAAGGAAUGUAACAUUUAUGGCACAGUUGACUUCAUAUUUGGUAACGCUGCUGCAGUGUUCCAAAAUUGUAAUAUAUUUGCAAGAAACCCCCCAAACAAAGUCAACACAAUCACCGCACAAGGUAGAACUGAUCCAAACCAAAACACUGGCAUUUCUAUUCACAAUUCUAGGGUUACAGCUGCUUCUGAUUUGAAACCUGUUCAAAAUUCUGUUAAGACUUAUCUUGGAAGGCCAUGGAAGCAAUAUUCAAGGACAGUUUUUAUGAAGACUUCUCUUGAUAGUUUAAUCCAUCCAGCUGGUUGGUUAGAAUGGAGUGGUAAUUUUGCAUUAAGUACUUUAUAUUAUGGAGAGUACAUGAACACAGGUCUUGGUUCUUCUACAAGAAAUCGAGUUAAGUGGCAAGGUUAUCAUGUCAUAACUAGAGCUUCUGAAGCUUCAAAGUUCACCGUUGGAAAUUUUAUAGCUGGAAAUUCAUGGUUACCUUCAACCAGUGUUCCUUUUACAUCUACUCUUUGAUUGAUUACUACUAAUUUUUAUUUGUUUAUUUGUUAAUUGUUUGAUUUGUCCUGGUUCUUUUAUUUUUUUUAAAUGUUCAUGUAAUAUACUUAUUCCUUUAAUUGCUUUAUUAUUAUGUUGUUUUUAAUGAAAAUACACAUUCUAUAAUAGAAAGAAGGCAUUUUGAAGUUA